UCGACGUUCAACACGGCCCACCUACUAUACGGCACGGUGGAAGAAUUUCAAAAAAUCUUUUGCACACGAACUACCGAGUUAUUUACGAAAUAAGGAAACUUAUUUUCAUCCGAGUAUCUGGAGUUGAACAAUCGAGUUACGCCCGAAUUUGUUUUUAGUAUCGAAAAAUGUGCGUGGAAUUCGUUUGGUUGCCUGUUACAGUGUGACAGUGAUUUGUGUAGCCUUGUGAAGGUAUUUUGAUUUACUACAGUGGGUGAUUCAGUGUAUUCCGAGACCUGGGCUCGUGGGAUCAAUUAUCCAAUUGAAACUUUUGAAGAAAUUACCUGCUAAUUUACUGGGAAGACGAGAACGAGUAGAAAAUAAGGCCCCCAGAAAUGGUGAGACCGCGACAUCCUGAUGUCUCGACGAGCACCUCCAUCACAAAGACGCAUUCCCCCAUCUAUUGACAACAACCCUUAUCAGAACACAACUACCCCUUUUCCGCAGAACAGCUACGGACAACCAUACCAUCAACACCACCAUCGUAAUUCAGAUUAUCAAAAACAAUGUCGCGACAGUUUACGUAAAGGCCCCCUGAAUCCUGCUACUCCCAUCGAUGUCGGUUUCAGUGAUUUCUCCGCAGAGACUACAAGUUACGAUUAUUAUUACCAGGAAAAUGGCUUUCAACAUGGUCCCUUACGAGAAUCCCGAAACACCGACGUCACGUUUUCCGAUGACAGCGGUUCAACGAGGUUACCGUAUUUUGAGUUUGACGAUGAAUCCGACAAAAGGUAUUCCAGAAAUACUUUUUCUGAACGAGGUUCAAAGAGGCCAAAAACAUCACCAGACAAUAAAAGAACAAACCAAAUUGUACAUAGUAAAGACUUAAGAAAAGUUUAUCCCAACCAAGAUAACCAGUGGGAUCGACUGUAUCAAGAGAUACAAACACCAUGUGAUAAUGUACCUGUACCCAAUGUACCCAAAAGAAUACCAACUAGAAUGUCUGACAGACCCCACAGUUCUCUUAGUUCAGGUGUUACAAGUGCCAUCGCCAUUGUUCAUGGCUGUGGCGGCAAAUGUCAAACAUUCGAAAAUGUUUGUUACUUUUUCUUGCAGUUGAUAUUCACAAUGGGAAUUCUUAUUGGAGUUUCGUUGUGCAUAGCAGGUAUAGUAUUAAGAAAAUCAGCAGCACGUAACCUGCAAGUCCUCGUGUAUAUAGGAGUUCUACUCGCACUCGUCAGCAGCCUACUCUUGGGGAUUCAGUGUAAUGCAAGAAUCACAGCUCGAAAGAGGAGAAAAGCCAUACAAAUGGCAAAACGAGCACCAAUUCCACUGGAAAAUUUACAUUUAAGAGCUAAUCCACUUCAUCAUCAGCCACUGAUGACUAGGAAUAGUAUCAAAAGCCAAAGAGUAAUGCACUUGCCACAAGUUCAUUCAAACCUUACACGUCCACUACCUAGCAGACCAACGGAUCGUGAUUCUCCUUCGAUGAUAGAAGAACCAGGAAUUCCUUGGUGGAGAAGAAAAGAUCUCAAUACCCACUGAAGAGUUUUUCUAAAUGAAAUCGUUGUAUUAUAAUAAUAUGUAGAUAGUGAGACGAAAGUGUGAAAAUUGUUAGAAAUAUUGACUGAACUGUAACAAGGAAAAAAAAUAAUAUUUUAUAUUUGCAAUACAAUUUUCAAAUAAUUGA